AUGAUGAAUUUCAUCAAGCGUUUCUUUGUGAGACCCAAGUCUCCAGGAGAGUGUCAACAAAGGUGUGAGAGACCUUUAUCUCCUGGAGAUGGGCACCCUCCCAUAAACUGGAAGGAGUGCAAUCCAAAGUAUGAGAGACCUUUGACGAGUCGUAACGUCAUCCUUUCUACGAUCUUUGAGUUGCACGGACGAAGGAGUGAGAGACCGUGGUCUGAGUACAACAUUUGGCGUCGCGGACGGAAGGGUGAGAAGAAAGAUGCCGAGCCCUCAACCAUGUGGACUCAGCUGGGACAAACGGAUGACAGCCCUUCGUCCAGCAACGAUGAACCCUCUGGUUCCUGGCAGGCUCCUAAAAUCAGGGGUGAGAGUUCUUCUACUGAGAAGAACACUACUGCCUUGUUCAUCAGGAGGCAGCUCGGACAAAGGGAUGACAACCCUUCGUCCAGCAACUGUGAACUCUCUGGUUCCUGGGAGGCUCCUACAAUCAGGAGUGACAACACCUUGAGUGACGAGGCCACUAAUGCCUCGUCCACCUGGAGGCAGCUCAGACGCAGGGGUGAGAGCCCUUCGUUUGAGAAAAAAACCAAGACCUCGACUCCCAUUUGGCACCUUGUAUUGAGAGGUGAGAGCUCUUCAUCCAAGACAAAUCCCAAGACCUCGACUACCAUGGGAAACCUCGGAUGGAGAAGUGAGAGCUUUUCAUCCAAGAAAAAACCCAAGACCUCGUCCAUCUGGAGGCUGCUCGGACGCAGGGGUGUGGGCCCUUCGUCCAGCAACUAUGAAUCCUCUGGUUCCUGGGAGGCUCCUACAAUCAGGAGUGACAGUCCUUUGACUGAAGAGGCCACUAAUGCCUCGUCCACCUGGAGGCAGCUCGGACGCAGGGGUGAGAGCCCUUCGUUUGAGAAAAAAGCCAAGACCUCAACUCCCACUUGGCAUCUUGGAUGGAGAGGUGGGCGUGUGCUGGCAGCUGGACCCACCUACGAUUACCUGGUUCUGUUCACCAUCACCAACUCCACUGUGUCACUGGCUCCACACACAGUCUCCUCGUUCAUCUCUUCCUGGUCACUGCAUCUGUCCACCACAUCAGCUCCCCUCACCUGCCACGUCGUCCACCUGUCACUAAGCUGCCAGUCUCCUGUUGAGUCCUCAGCAAACUGUAGUUCCCGAGUUCAUGUAAUCGUUAAAUUUGUGUCUUUGAUUAUUCCUGGUUAA